UUAUGAAUUAAAUACACUAAUAUUUGUAUGUCAUUUGUAAUACAUGUGAUUACUAAUUCCAUGUUUAUAUACUCUAUUGGUAUCGUAUUAUUUAGUUCAUAACUUCAUAUAAUGUGGGGUCGUUUGGAUGGAUUCGGAACGAGUCAAUUAAAAUGAGCCAAUUUGAAUUACAUGCCCCGCCCCUAACAAUUGAAAUUGACUCAAAACGGAUAAAUUUGAAAUUAUCCAGGUAAGUUGAUUUAUCCAAAUCUUCUUCUGGAAAACGAGUCAAUUUGGUCCAAUUGUCUCGUUAAAUCCAUUACAAUUCAUAAUCUAAAAUACCCCGUAAUUUCAUAGCAAUUAGUAUUUAAGCAAUUUAUGAUACGUAAUGUCAUAAUCUCUAUUUGGAUUUAUAACCGAAACAUAUUUGCUCACAUUCUCAAAGUCUUAAAUAUCAUAUAAGGUGAGAUAUACAAUUUAACAAACCUAUAAAUUAUCAAGAAACUAACUCAUAAGAUAUUUAUAAGUUUGUUCAUAAGACUGAACCAUUCGAACCUAAAGAAGAUACCGAAGGUAAGGGGUCGGGGAAUUUUUCGCCCAUUCAUAGAUCAGAAAAUCCUGGGGAUAUUUUCAUUCUUUGUCCAUUCUUUCCAGUAUUUUCUAUACCACAGAAAUUAGGAAUAGGGAGUCUCAAUUCAUUCUAUUUCAUCAGAUCCGGGAUGUGAUAUGGUUUUGAAGGAUGAACUGGAUAUGGACAAUUCCAAUAAGAUUUCUUUCUUGAACAAAAACCCAUUUUUUAAUUUCUUUCAUCUAUUCCAUGAUGUUCAAUCAUUUUGUAUCCCUAAAAUCACUUAGGGGUCGUUUGGAUUGAGUAUUUGGGGGUGUUAUUUGAGGUCAAAUAACACAAAAUCUGUUAUUUAACCCCAAAUAACAUGUUUGACUGACAAAAAGUGGGAUGUGUUAUUUGGAUGUAGUGUUUUGCCAAAUAACAGGUUUGAGACCAAAUAACACAAAAAGUGUUGUUUGCCAAAUACUUGGGAGGGGGCAGGUAUUUCCCAAUAACAAGUUUGAGACCAAAUAUCACAUACCAAAUAACAAGUUUUAUAUUAUGUGGUAUUUGUGUGGUAAUUGGCCCCAAACAACAAGUUUAUCAAAUACUACCCCUUACAGUUUGACGUCUACUCGUCUAGUAUUCGUUGUCUCGGGUGCGACAUGCUGAUACGGUGUUUAAAACAUUGGAAAAUACCAAUAAACCAAAGAAAAAUUUACAUUAAUCAAACUCGUCACUAUAAAUAUUAGUUGUGCUUGUUCAGUUCCCAAUUCUACCGGCGAAAAGCUUCGCAUUUCUUACCGAACUCUCCUUCCUUUCUUCCGCCAAACCUAACAGAAAGACUCCCCUCCUUCCGCUGGAAACGUAAUCGAGGUGCGUGACUGUAAUGUAGCAGAUUGCCGCAGAGAUCAUUUCCCCGUCGCAGUUCUUGUUCUUUCUGCUGCUGCUUCGCGAUUCAUCUGGAGGAAGAAGAGCUCGGACGAUUAUCACAUAUCGAAGAAGAAAUUCUCCAGCCAGAGAGUUGUGCUUGUCCUCGCAGAUGGAUAGCUUCACCGCCGAAGAUCUAUCCACGAUCGGGGGAAUCGCCACCGUCUCGCUUCUUCACUCCUUUAUCCCCACCCACUGGCUGCCUUUCUCCAUCGUCGGCCGCGCUCAGAAAUGGACUCUCUCCAGAACCCUCCUCGUCACUGCUUUUGGGGCUGUCUUGCAUGUUAUCUCAACUUCGCUCCUUGGCAUCACGGCAAUCACAAUGGCAAACACAAUUGCUGGUGAAGAAACAGUUCACAAGCUAGCGUCAUUGCUUCUCGUAAUUCUUGGUGGUAGUUACGUGUUGCUGUUUCUCUCUGGAAAAGGUGGACACAGUCACUCUCACAACCAACCGAUGGAGAAAAUGGCUGUUGCAGGGCUUGUUCUUGUUCCUGCAUUAUCUCCUUGUGCGACUACACUUCCAGUGUUCCUUGCAGUUGGUAAUUCAUCCUCUAUGAUGGUGCUUGCUAUCAUCGUGCUGCUAAUCAGCACGAUAACUGUGAUGACGUCACUGGUGGCUCUGUCAUUCUACGGUGCAAGUCAGAUCAAGUUCCACUGGGUGGAGCGCUACGACAAACUUCUUGUGGGUUCCGUUCUAUGUCUGGUGGGAAUCUUGACGCUCAUCUUCCACGAUCAUGAUCAUGGUCAUGGCCACCAACACGGAGAGGGAACUUUCUCAGCUCAGCAACUGCCAAGAAAAAUCAUUCUCCCUUGACCAUUUCCCCGGGAGACAAAAAAAAAGAUGUAAAGUGUUAAAGCUGUACUAGGUAUGCUUCUUCUUGUUCUUCAUCGAGGCACAGGAUAGACUCUGUACUGGCAGAACUACGAGGUGCGUGUAGUGCGAGACGUUGCCGCUCGAGAAUUGCCAAAUGUUUUUGUUUAGGUUGCAUACUCCUACUUGUGUAAUCCAAAUACUCUGGCCGGUGAUCGAAGGACAACAAGUGGUUUGUCUUUGUUCUUUUUGUAGCUGCAUCCAUGGAUGCGUUUGCCAAUGUAAUUCACAGUUAUAGAAUGCUGGUUCAUGCAGAUGUCAUUUCCCAGUGCAUGAAGGUUAUUGCAUAUAUAUUGGUAGCUACCAAUAUAUGGUCCCUCAAAUCUAUUUCUCAAUAUGUUGGUAGUCUUUUAUGAUAAAAAUGUAAAAUGCGACGACGUUUGAAUCAGACUCAUUUUGAUAGUCCGAAAUCAUAUUUGAGUGAAAUAAGGCUAAUUCAGGCGCCAACAUUCUCGAGAUUGGCUUAGUCAGUUCCGAAAUCAUAUUUGAGUGAAAUAAGGCUAGUUCCGAAAUCAUAUUUGAGUGAAAUAAGGCUACUUCAGGCGCCAACAUUCUCGAGAUUGGCUUAGUCAGUUUCGUUGGCGUGGAACACACUCCUCAAAUCAAAUUUAAGCGAAAUG